ACUGCAAAAAUGCAGGAUUAUAAGGCAGCAAUUAAGCGUGAAAGUAACACGAAAGUAAAAGUCUCGCUCGCGGGUGAUGUAAUAGGGCUUUACUUGGCCAAAAACAGUGUCUUUGUUUUUACGUGAUUGGUUUAGUGUGUUUUUUGGUGGGUUGUUGUAGGAAGAGGAAAUUCGAGUUUUUUGCGAAUUAAGAGCCAUUAAGUUGCUUUUAAGGCACGCAUGCGUGUGACCCAAAUUCUUUCAAAGUCCCUUUAUGGCCUUAUUGUGUGUGGAGUGCCAAUUUAUUAUUAUUUAAUAGUUAUUUUUUCGCUUUAAUUGUGUUAGUGUAGUUGCGUUAAAGUGAGUUUUUCAUUGUCUUCGUUAAGCACGUUGAGAUGUACGAAAAAGUCAACGGUGAAAUAAACACUUCAGCGGUCCACGUGGUGGACCUGCGGAGCGACACCAUAAGCAAGCCCACCCCCGAGAUGAGGGAGGCCAUGGCGACGGCGGUCGUCGGCGACGACGUCUUCGGGGAAGACCCCACCGUGGCCGAGCUUGAGCGCCGCUCGGCCGAGCUUUUGGGCAAGGAGGACGCCGUCUUCGUGGCCAGCGGCACCAUGGCCAAUUUAAUCGCAAUUAUGGUCCACUGCAGCCAGCGGGGGAGCGAGAUAAUUUCAGGCGAUAAUGGGCACACAUUCAGAUUUGAACAAGGGGGCCCCGCCCAAAUUGCCGGCGUCCAAGCCUCCCUUAUCCGCAAUAACAGUGACGGGACGUUCAGUUUGGACGAACUCAGAGACAGAAUCCGGAAAAACCCGGACUGUCAUGAGCCCUACACCACUCUAGUCAUUAUUGAAAACACCCACAACAUGUGUGGCGGAAAAGUAUUACCGUUAGAUUGGAUCGAAAAAGUGAAAAACAUUUCAAAAGAGUACAACAUUCCGGUCCAUAUGGACGGGGCUCGCGUCAUGAACGCCGCCGUCUACCUCAAAGUACCUGUCGAACGCGUCGUCCGGGACGUGGACACCGUUUGCUUCUGCCUGAGUAAGGGGCUAGGCGCCCCCAUUGGGUCGAUUCUCGCCGGCAGCAAGACUUUUGUCGACAAGGCUAGGAGGACGAGGAAGGUCCUGGGGGGCGGCUGGCGGCAGGCUGGGAUUAUCGCAGCCGCGGGGCUCGUGGCCCUUGACAAGAUGAUCGACCGGUUGCAGGAGGACCACGACCACAUCUUGCAAAUUGCCAGAGGUAUUAGCGACAUGAAGUCCAAGACAUUUCAAGUGGACUUGUCGGGCGUCCAAACCAACAUCCUUAUGAUGUAUUUGGACAAGUCCAUCAUCACGGCCAAAGAAGUGCAAAAGCGCUUAGCCUCUGUUUUUGAGACCGAUGAAGUUAAAGUUUGCGUUAAAACUAGUUCGAGAGACGCAGGAGUUAUCAGAUUUGUCACUUAUUGGGAAAUUAGUGACCAGGACGUCACAGCUGCAGUAAAAAAACUACAGCUCGUGAUUAGAGAAAUUGACAACAGACAUAAUUAAAUCGUAUUGCAUAAGCCGUAACGUGAAGUAUUCCUUAAUUGAAGUAUUAUAUUGUUCGUAACAAUAAACGAAAUUACUUUUUGUGGCUAUUUAUUUGAAUUUGAAAACCCCGCUUUCGAAACAACCCAGUGAAGUGUGCAUGAACCGAAAUCCCGUAAGGGUGAAGUGAAUUUUGCUAAGAUUCGUUCAUUAAUCAAUAUUUAUUACUUAAAUAAUAAUCUCAUCAUAUGCUGCAACGAAAAAAUAGAACCUGAUUGAUAAAUAAAAUUGAUCAGACAGACGUCAAGUUUAGGUUAUGUUUACUCUUCCCUGAUGUCAGAGAUUUGUGUAUAAAUAAUGCCUAAAACAUUAUUCUAAGAAGGAAUAAUCUAUUCGAAAUGACGAGUAUGUUUAAACGAUAGAUGCAACUCCGGUUACGAGUGAGGAACAAGUUUUGUUUUGCCACUUGUGAAACCACAAGAAACCUACUGGCGGGAACACUGCACAAUUCUAGGGCAAUUGAAAAUGAAACUACAAAGCACAGUGAUUUUGGCCCAAGUUCAAGUCAGUUGCGAGAAUUGGACAGACUAGGGGAGAGGAGACGAAGUCCAGAGAGGCAGUAUUCACGUCACAAAAGUCGAAAUUGGAAUACACCCGGCUUUUGUCACACACGUUGCUAUUAAUUUCUUUAUUGUUGUGAAAGAAUUAUUUUUAUUUUUAUUGAAUCCGAAAUAAUGUUUGUUUUUGCGAAUAUUUCAAUUAGUAAAUAAACUCGCAUUUUGAA